CAUCCUUCAAAUAAAAAUGUGUACAGCGUAUACAUAAACAACGUAGUAUCCGAUAAACGAUUAACAAAACGAUACUCGAAUAGCCGAUGACAAACACGCUGUAAAAAUGUUUCGCGAUGGCCAAUAUUUGGAAGUAAUAAAGGCAUCGGAUAAUUGUUUAGCUACCGCUGUAGUUACCGUCCAAGAGAAGACCAUGAAAAUUCGGGAGAAAGAAGUUCCGACCAACAAGUGGCUGGAUCUCGAGGAUUGGGCAGCACUGUAUAAAAUUUUGGAGAAAGCGAUUUUGCGUAACGUUCGGAAAGAAGGAUUAUCUUCGAAUUCGGAGAAAUGCAAGGGAAGGAAGUCUACUCGACAAUUGGAAGUCACAUAUACGUUUGAACCGUCAGAAAAUGUAAAAGAUGUUGCAUCACUGCCUACGAUCAGGGUAAACGUGUCUCCCGCGAAAAAAAAGUCGAAGACAAAUCCGUCAGAAGCAUCAUUAGGGAAAGGAGAAACUCGCGAUCGAACGUUAGAAAAAUCUCGACGUCACGAUUCUGAUUCCGCGCACCAAAAAGAUAACGGCAAUACUUUACCAAAGAAAGUGGAAGAUGGUAAUAUUACGAAGGUAUCGAGCCAGACGAAAAAUGAUAGAACUAAGAGAUAUUUACAGUUUGAAAGCUUAGGGAAUGCCCGAUUGGAGGAGUAUGUUCCGGAUGCACCCGUCGCAAAAAAAUUGUGCACGCAUUUGAAAUAUAUACCAAGCAGAAAGAGUAUGUUGGAACAAAUCCAAAUAUCUACGAAUGAGUAUUCCCCUACUGUAUCGGAUAGUAAAGGCGUAGCGGAAGUUGUUAGAUAUAUUCCUAAUUCCGUGGAUUCAUCGAAAGUGUCUUACGAGACGUACGAACCUAACGCAACGUCCAUUGUAAAUAUUCCCGAGGAAUACGUUCCCAAUUCGAAGGGAAUCAAAGCUUCCGUUGAAGAAUAUCAACCGGAUUUUACUAGUACAACGAUGAAAUUUGACGACAGUUACGUGCCCUCGAGCGUUCAAUUAAUUAACAAAGAUACGAAAAAGUCAACUGAACGAUUAAAGAAGGUACAAUUAGAUAAACACUCGUUGCGAGAAAAAGAAACAUCAACUAAGAGAAUUAUGGAUCUUUUUACCUGAAAUACAAUUUGAUAGUUAAUAUCAAACAAUAUAUAUAAAUGUAACAUUAUUUGUAAUUUGUAAGUAGAAAAUACAAAUAUUUUUUAAUUUCAUUAUAACAUGAUUCGAUACCAUGUUGCUGUACAAUAAAUAUGAUCUGAAUAAAAAUGGGAUGUAUUUUGAGUGUA